AUGGCUAAGUUGGGUUCGUUUUUCCGACGUUUACUUAUUUCAAUUGCUUCUGAUAAUGAUUGUUCAUCAUCAUCAUCAUCCUCAUCAGUUCCUGUUUCUCAAAACAAUGUAGUAGCUGUUCAACCAUUAACAAAACGAUCAUCAACAAAAUCUGACACAAUAACAAUAACAACAACAAAGUCACAGUUAACUACAAACAUUAGUCAAUCAUGUUCAACGUCACCUCAUGCUAUGAUAAAACAAACAACAGCACAAGCUGAUAGUAAUAGAAAUGAGAGCCCAAAUUUAAAUCUUCUGUCAUCAAAUACCAAUAAAUGUUUUAAUCGUCGUCUUAGUGCUCCUCUUAUUACCCAUGCAUCAAUUCAUCAUUCUCGUCUAUAUCAUUCGGGGGUAGUCGAUGAAACCAUUGAACAAGCACUAGUUUCCUCGUUACAACGUCUCUCAUUGUCAUCGACAACAGGAACUACUACUGCCUAUAAUAAUAAUCAUCAUAAUAGUAUAAACAGCUUAGAUGCUAGUGGUGGUGGUUCUGUAAAUGGAUCACCACACAAUGAUGCGCAUUCCUCAUCGCUCAAUUUAUCAUUAUCAAAUUCGAUUUUUUCGCCUAGUUCAUUAAAUCAUAUUUCAUCAACAUCUGGCACACCACCAACACAAUUCGCCAUUGGCCCACCAUCAUCCUCAUCACCACGUGUUAGUAUUCAAUCCAAUAAUUCAGCAUCGCCCAAUAGUGAUAGAAAUAUGUCUUCACAAACACGAGGACGACGCCCAUCUAUGUUUGAUCCAAUAGAUCCGAAAGAAUUACAACAAGCAUUAUAUGCUUCAGCAGCGGCUAAAGCAAAUCUUCCAUUGAAUCCAUCAAAUGAAGAUGAUUUAACUCGUCCAUUAGCUCGUAUUACUAUCAGCUAUGAUCGACAUAGUGAACAUGUUUUUAUUGAUACAUUAUCAUUUGAAAACUUACAAACGCUUGAUUCCUAUACUAAUAAUAAUAACAACAACAAUAAUAAUGAUUAUGUAUCAUUUUAUUGUCGUUUUCGAUUAUUACCAGAAAAACGUACUUUAUUUCAAACAAAAAUUGUUCGUGUAACACGUGUUCAAGCAUCGUAUUUAUUUGAUAAAAAACAAUUACAAGAAUUUGAAUUAUCCUAUGAUCAAUUAAUUAAUCAUUCAAUUGAAAUAUUUUUUUAUAAAAUAAAUACAACAAAACCUUUAUAUAAAGAUAUUCGUAUAGCUACAGUUAAAUAUGAUUUAAAUCAAUUAUCUGAAAUGGAUCAAACUCGUAUGAAAAAAACAUUAGAUGAAUGUGAUUCAUCAUCAAUCAUACAGGAUCCUGAUUUAGGCGAAUUACUUGUCUCUCUAUCUUAUUUACAAAGUGCGGCUAAAUUAUCAAUUGUUGUUAUUGAAGCAAAAAAUUUACGACCAUUAUCCAUUGAAACUAAGUCAUACCCAGAUGCUUGUGUUAAAGUUACAUUAUAUGAUCGUAAUGGAAAAAAAAUGAAACGUAAAAAAACUAGUGUACAACGUACAUCAGAUUGUCCAACAUUCAAUGAGGAGCUUGUUUUUGAAUUACGUCGUGAUGUUGCAUCUGAAGUUACUAUUGAAUUACGUAUUGUACAUGAAUCUUUGUCAUAUAAAGAACAACUUGGUUCAGUUGUAUUUGGUCCAAUUGUUAAUCAUAUGGGAAAAGGACCAAUCUAUCCAGAAAAUGUUUAUUGGUCAAAAGUAUUAUCUGGUCAAUCGCUUAAUGCACAAUGGCAAAUAUUAAAACCAUCGAUAAGAAUUGAAGAGUCAAAGUGA